CCUUUUUAUCUCCUCCUCUACUUCUCCUCAAAGUAAUUAGCCUCAGGCCCUCAGCUCGAUCUCCCCAUCGAAAUGGAUCAGAAGCCAAACACUCACCACAACAGAUUCCCAAAGAAAUCAGACGCCAAACCCAGCAAGAAGCAGAAGCCACUAAAAGUGGUUUACAUCUCCAACCCCAUUAGAGUCACCACCAGCGCCGACGGUUUCCGCGGCGUCGUCCAGGAGCUCACCGGCCGGGACUCAGAUAUCGCCGACAUCCUCGCCCGCCAGCCUCUCAUCGACCAUCCGGUACUGGAGCCCUGCGAUGCCUUGAUACCCGCACGCCAGCUGCCUCCGGAGCUCGGCGAGGGGGAUAAUAACUCCUUCAAGCUGAUGCCUGAGAGAAUUGCAGGAACGGAGGAAUACUUCGCUGGCCUUCUCCCACUGUCUUUGCUCUUUGACAUGGAGUGAGACAGAUUGUUUGGUGGUAUGAGCUCAGUAGUUUCUGGUUUUGCUAUAUUCUAAUCGAGAGGAUUUACAUGUAUAUCAUUAAAUUCACAUGAACACAUAAUUUUUUAUAUUUGUGUAUGUUACUCUAUAGUUUCUAAAUGAUGAAAAAUAUAUUUUCUUA